AUGACUUCCCAUCUUCGUGGUUGGGUCAUCUACAUACUGCUUUUAUUUUUACGGUUUCUGUUUGUGUUCGAUUUGCAGUCGGGUUAUUUACAUCCAGAUGAGUAUUUUCAGGGGAUUGAAGUUGCAGCGGGUGACAUUUAUAAUCUGGACGUAUUAAGGACAUGGGAAUUUCACUUAGAUGAUAAAGGUCCUCUUAGAUCUGUAGCUGGAAUGUCACCUUUUGUACAUAUCCCGAUUCAGGCUGCCAAAUGGAUUCAUGGUGGAGUUGAUUAUAAAACUGAAGAAACUGACUUCAGUGGAUCUGAUAUGUUAAAUAGAAUUUUGUUUCCCUCCCGGUUAGUCACUGUACUUGGUUCAUAUUUAGUCGAUCUUUUUAUAUUAAGCUGUUGCAUACGUGUUGAUCAUCAUCAAGUUUCAGCAAAGCAGACUAAAAUUCAAAAAAUAUUACAUUCUGUACAAUAUCAUUCUGUACCAACAGCUUUAUUACUUUAUGCAUCAUGCGCAUUCGGUGGGAGUCUAUGGUCUACACGUACAAUUGUCAAUGUAUGGGAAUCAAUUUAUGUUUCUUUAUUUGGCCUACUGCUCUUGGAAGUUUUGGAUCGUUUAGAGCAAUCAUCUGAUCCUACUGUGAAUAAACAAUCCUUAAUUCUUUUUAUGUGUAUUCAGUCUGCUGUUGUUGUGUGGGGUACAUUUUUACGACCUACUUAUAUUUUGUUCAUUCUUCCAUUAGGAGUUAUCGAAUUAGCAUUCAUCUUAGUAAAGUUUAAGUACAUUUCCAUGAUUCUUUGUUUACCAUCCGUUUUAUUUGUUUUUUUCAAUACAUUCAUUUGUGUAAUAAUAGAUACAUUAUACUUUCACAAUGUGAGUUUAUUACAAGCUUUCCAGGUCGAUUUUUCACGAUUUGAGUUGAUAUAUACACCUUACCGGUUUUUAACUUAUAACUCCAACUCAUACCAUGUUUCUUCCCAUGGCUUACAUUCUCGAUUUACACACUUCCUUAUUAAUUGGCCUUUAAUAUUUGGACCUAUUUUUACAUUUCGUUUAUUCACUCAACCUUUACAACGUCGUUCAAUUUCAUCGUGUAUUGCUUGGAUCAGUGUGGUAUUCCCUACAUUUGUUUUGUCUAUUAUACCUCAUCAAGAAGCACGUUUUUCUUAUCCCAUGCCUACCGUAUGCUUGUUUCGUUGUUGGUCAGAGUGUUGA